AUGGCGGAAUACAAUGACACGGGUGGCGUAAUCUUGGAUGGUCCUUUUGACCCCGACGCGCAGGCCACCGUCACUGACUUUAUUGACUACACCGAAUACCUCCCUGCGGAUCUCAUCCGCUCUCUGACCCUCAUUCGCGGCCUGGACAAGCGCUACCUGGACAGUGCGCAAGGCGUCCAUGAACUCACCAAGGCCUACGGCCAGCUUCCGGAGCUACCUUCUGACACGCGACCCGAUCCGUGCACUCUACGCCGAGAGAUUUCGGCUCAGUUGGAUAGCGCGAUCAAUGCUCGCGAGUCCGCCUACGCCGAGGCGUGUCGCCUGUACGAUGUUGUCGAUCGCCACUUCAAUCGACUAGAUUCUAUCAGAAAGAAGCUUGAAGCCCUGCCCAAGCCAGUCGAGCGCGAACCUACUCCUCCCCCAACCGUUACCAACGCGAAGCGUCCUCGUACCAGCAAGAAAGGAGACGAUCCACCGCCUACAACGACGCGAAUUACACUGCGCUUGGAUGGCGCAAGAGGUGGCCAGAACCAGAAGUCGCGGUCGCGCCGAUCCUUGGUUGCAGCAGAGCACUUGGCAGGGUUGCAUCCUGACUCCCCCAUCGCAAGCACCGAGCAUUCAGACAACGAGACCGAAACCAAGACGACCCCUCCCACCCCUGCGCCACCGAAGAAGGAGAAACAGAAUCGCCGGUCAAGGCCGUCGGCAUCUGGCGAAGCACCGAACGGCAGAGCAUCUGCAGGAAUUUCUACGAGCAGCGCCCUGGCGAUGCUGAAGCCUCCUCCAGAGGACGCAAAACCGGGCAGCGAAGACCUGCCCUGGUUGCGCCUGACGGAAUGGGAAAUGACCAAACUGCGCAAGAAAAUGAAGAAGAAUGCGGUCUGGCAACCAAGCGAGGUGAUGAUUCACCGAGAGCUGGCUCUCCGGGGUCGAGGAUGGGAGGCGUACCGGGCGGCCAAGAUGGAUGCUGAAUCCAAGGGAGUCGAUUUUCUCGACUGCGAUGACAUAAUGAAGAAUUACAUCCCUGGACUGCUGACUCGCCGGAGCGACGCGACCAAAGAGUUCGAGGGCGUUGCCCAGCCGAAACUGAGCAAUCGAGGCAUGAAACUGAAUGAAGCCAAAAAGCUCAAGCGCGAGAACCAGGCAAGAGAACAAGCCGCCUUAGCCGCUGCGGAGGCAGAAGCAGCCAAGCGCCUAGGUCAGCCUGGCUCCUUCCAAGGUGUUAUCUCCAACGGUGCUGAUGGUCCGCAGGAGUCUUUGGCUAUGGCGGACAAACCGAGCCGAUCAUCGAAGAAGCGCAAAGUCGAAACCAGCAGUCCUCCGGCGGAACCCGUCGCUCCACCCGAGGACGCUGAGAUUCGGCCUACCCGAAGUUCAAAACGUCGAAAGACGGACAGGGGAUCAUCUGAGAUCGCACCUGAGAUCGCACCGGAGACGGAGACUGCGACAUCAGAAGUAGCUGAGCCAGAAGAGCCAGCGGAACCAACGGAAGCGGAACAAUCCCCGCAACCUCUGCAGCCUGUGCAACCUUUGCAACCUGCGGAACCACUAGAACCGAUAGAGCCGGUAGAGCCGGUGGCGGAUAACGCGCCUGAAGUCAAAAUAGACUCGCCCGAACCGCAAAAAGCACCAGCAGCUGCGCCUGCGUCUGUGACUCGAUCCAAAGCAGCGGUCACCCCAACACCAUCAGAGUCCCGACCUCCAUCCCGGCGCCGCUCAAUUCCAACGGCAGAUCCUGUUCUUAAGACGGCCAGGGAGCUCCGUCAUAGUAGCGCCACCCCUGCGAGGAAGACACCAGUACCUGAAGGGACACGCGCGGCCAGCGUUAGUGCACCCCCGCGACGCCGUAAGAGACCGGCUCCGGGCCCAGUGUCGAAUGGGCAGGACGGAGGCGCGGCAGUCAGCUACGGGCGCCGCAAGGCUAAACCUGGGAAGAAGCGGGUAGGCCCACGAGAGCAGGGCCCGAACGUGGGACAAGACAUUCGCAUCGACGAAGACGGGGUGCUAGAAGAGAUUGACCCCAAUGAACCGCGGUACUGUCUCUGCGGGGACGUCAGUUUCGGAACGAUGAUCUGCUGUGAGAACCAAGACUGUGACCGAGAAUGGUUUCACCUCGACUGCGUCGGACUCUCUGAGGUACCAAGCCGCACAGCAAAAUGGUACUGCCCCGAGUGCCGCGUCAAAUUCAACAAGGGCACCGACGGGAUCAUCAGAACUAACUCCGCACGUCGGUGA